CCUCUCGCUUCUCCUUUAAACUCCCGGCGAAUACCCCAGCGAGUUCGGCACGAACGAUGGGGGCGAGAAUUUCGGAUUUUGAAUAAUUUUUCUUCCCUGGACCCUGACGGAAGCCGGGUUACACAUACAAUCCGGUCCGGUCCGUAGAAAAAGAGAAAGAGAGAGAAAGCCGCCUAUAUACACGACCAGAGAUAAAGCGAGGAUUAUCUAAACCGCGGCCGACUCCCCUAGAACCAAGGCAAGCGAUGUGGCAUCCGUUCCGCAGCCCGAGGUCCUCGCCCCCGAAAAGGGAAGAAAACACGGGAACAAUAUACGAGAUGCCCUGGGAUUCCGCCAACGGAUCUUUCGUCUUUCCGAGGAAAUGGCCGAUGGACUUCCGGGAGACCUCGGUGAUCAAUAUCUCGUGGACGACGACAUACCAGGGUGCCAACCUGUACUACUACCAGCGGGGCAAGGCCGCGACGCCGAUCCAGCUCGCAGCCAACCUGGCGACGGGCUGGUACCAGUGGGAGGUCGAAGCGAAGGAGGCCGACCUCACGGAGCCGUACGUGUUCCGCAUCGCCGACGCCCGCGGCGCGCGGGAGCAGACGCGCACCGAGGGGUUCUGGAGCACGAGCUUCUACAUCACGCGCGACGCGCCGGCCAGCGCCGCGGACCCGUCGGCCUCGCCCGCCGCCGCGACGCCGACCGCGCCGGGGGCGGCCCUCGCGACGCCAACGGCACCGCAGGCGUCCCGCGACGGCGCGGCCUCGCGCGCGGGGCCGAGCGCCGGGGCGAUCGCGGGUACCGUGCUGGCCGUCAUCCUCGGCAUCGUCGCGGUCGUCGCGGCGUGCGUCUGGGCCCGCCGCCGCCGCCGCCGCAGGGCGCCGCGCGAGGCCGACGACCCGCCCGAGCCGCCCCCGAAGCCCCUCCGACCGCCGCCACCCCCCGCCGACCGCCGCAAGCUGUGCGAGCUGUACAACCCGCAGCUCGAGCUGCAGAACGCGAGGCCGGUCGCGUACGAGCUGCCCUCGGAUUAUUACCGGUAG